GUGACAUAUCUGUCACUAACACUCUCUCAGUCAAUCAAUCUCUAUCUAAUCCUUCUUUCACUCACUCACUUACCCGCUUCCUCUCUAAUCCCUCUCUUGUACUCACUCUCUAAUCAAUCCCUUCUCUUUUACUUCCUCCCUCCCUCGUUCACUCUUUCAGUAACUUAAAAACAAAUCCGAUCAUGGCUACUGUUUCUGAAUUAAUAGAACCUUUACCACAGAACUGGACUUACGGAGUGACCGCCGACGGACGAAUAUUUUAUAUUGAUGAUUUGCACGAGACUACCUCGUGGGUCCAUCCUGUAACCAACAAAUCUGCCAAGUCUGGGUUGUUGUACGAUCCAGAUCUCCCUAGUGGCUGGGAAUUGAGUAUUACCCCAGAAGGUGUUUUUUAUUAUGUGGAUCACAAUUCACAGAGGACUACAUUUAUUCACCCACUGACCAGACGUACAGCUCCCCCGUUUAAUGACUCCACUCAAAGUGUGGAAUCUCAGCGACCAUUAGCAUUAAAACCAGUUCCACAAUACAAUCAAAAUAAAAAGGCCUCGGGUAAACAAAGAUUAAUUUCUAAAGCUCCAGAGGCCAAAAGAAUGAGUGAUUCUAAAGUCAUCCAUAGUGGGUGGUUAACAGUGCAGGAAAAUUCUGGACUCCGUUCUUGGAAGCAACGUUGGUGCGUUCAUGUUGAUUAUGGCUUAUUUUUCUAUAAAGAUGCCAGUGAACAACAGUGCGUUGGUUCUAUUCUAUUACCAAGUUACACAAUACGACCUUGUGAUGCCAGUGAUUCCAUCAACAAAAGACAUGCCUUCAAGGCAGAACAUGCUAAUAUGAAGACCCAAUAUUUUGUUGCUGAAUCAGUGGAAAGCAUGGACCAGUGGGUUAGGGUUUUGAAUCAGUCAGCUUUAAUGAUAGAAGCACAAGAGAACUCAAGGCUUAAAGAAUCUUUCAGAAAUCCAAGUUUUACGACUGAAUAUAAUGGAUCAGUGACAAGAAGUGAGCAACAGCCAGAGUAUUACCCUGCAGAAAGCCCUGUACAACAUUUUAGCAAUGGCCAUCAUUCCUUACACAAUCCUAACAAUAAUGGAUAUUCCACAUCUAAUUCAUUCCCUCUAAGUAACUCCGUACCAUCAAGUCAAAGGUCUUCGUACAUAUAUCAGGAACAGAACCCCACUUCUGAACAUCUUCCUCACAACAGAUCUUCCUAUUCUUCUGCUGGUUCUUAUGGAAUUAACAGAAGUUACAGUGACAGCAUCCCUCAGCCUCAACCAGCUAGUUAUUUGCUCGAUGCUCCUUAUCAGAGAGCAUCAUCUUCAUCUUUAACUUACCAAUAUUCAAACAGACCACCGGAACAAAUUCCUCGGGACAAUGAAUCUCAGUUGUCAUUAGGCUUUAACACUAGUCAAAAUGGCUACCUACGAGGCAGUCCCUAUCUGGAUGACUCUCGCCAUUCUCCAACAUCAUUUAAAGGAACAAAUAAUAAUGAUAUAAAAGAUACUAUUUAUCGAACAAUAGAUUUCUCUUCAACAGAUAACAGGAUUAAUAACAGUUCAAGUAAUUCUCCAAAAUCUCUUCCACGUCCUCCACUCUCCCCCACACAUUCCCAACUAUCAACAGACACUUACCCCAAAGAAAUUAAUUAUGCUGUAAUACAACAACAAUCAAACCAAGAUUCUUAUUCUCCACUUGCAGAAUCCCAUAACAGUUUCUCUUAUUCAAAUAAUAAAGAUGCAGAUUUGUAUUUUACAGAUGUUGUAGACUCACCACAGAGCAAUUUGAGUCAAAAUCACAGUGCAAUGCUGCCAACCAAUCCUGUUGCUCCUUAUUCUAAAGACAUGUAUGGUGCUCAAACGGAUUUGUCAAAAUUAAGCAUUGAAAGUGACUUGGCUUACAAGACAUCGAACCAGAGUCCAAAUCCUGAAUAUGCAGCAAUUCAGCGAAGGUCAACUGGAAAUCUUGAAAAUUUAUAUAAAUCUGACGCCUUAUUGAGUGAUCGACCAAACUCCAUUAGUGCUCCAGUUCGUCGAUCUCUAUCAGAUGUGCCCAAGCAAACAUCACUGCAGUUAUUACAAAAUAUGCACAUGAACGAACUACGGAAACAUCCAUCUUUCUCUAAAACUUUUCCUAAAAAUUAUUCUCCAAAUUAUCAAAACAUUUCGCAAACAUUUUCUCAAUACUCUGAUGAUGAUGAUGAUGAUGACCAGUUUGAAAAAUUGUCUAAUGAAGGACCUGUCACUUCUGAUGGGGACAAAUGGAAACAGAUUCCCUCUGAUUAUUAUAAGAGACCGUCUUCCACUGACCCGGCAAACCUUUUAGACCAAGAUAUUCCCGACAAUGAUGCAGAUAAAAUUCUCUAUGAUUAUAAGGGCACAUCACAUGACACUUCUUUCCCAACACGCUCUUUUCAGGAACUUUCAGUGAAAACUCUAGACCAUUCUAAUGAUUCAGAAUUUGGUGUAACUAAACCACCUGUUUCAGAAUAUGCCAACUUAAAUGGCAGACAGUCCUUUGCUUAUUCAAGUUCUCGUUCAGAAUUGGAUGAGAUAUUACCAAGAAGCUCUUCUGGAAAUUUUGAUGACUAUGAUUAUGGAAAAUAUUCCCCUUCACAUGUGAACCUCAAUGGAUUUCAAGCUCCAACCAUGUACAAUGCAGCCGAUGUUGAAAGUAUCUCUUCGUCUAACAUGCAACUGGAGAAAAAAGAAGACAACAUUAGCUACAUGCAACCAGCUUUGCAAAGUGAGACCAUAACUCCUGUGUACAACAGGAACACUCGUCUAAAGAGGAACAUGAGUACUGUUAAAGAAGAUCCUGACAUGCCAGACGAAGAUGUUAUACAGACAACCCGGCCAGUAAUCGCUAAACUGAAAGCCAACACAGCAAGACUAAGAAUGAGUAUUAGUGCUGAUGAUCUGCUUGGUAAAACGCACGAAGAAUUAGUUUUACUGCUUAUUCAGUUGCGACGUAACAAAGCUAAAUUUGAAAAGAAUCGAGUAAGUCUGCGCGAACAGAUUGAGGCUCUUCGACCUUUUGAACAAGAAUUCAAACGACAACUUGCUGAACAUAAUACAGUGUUGGACUUUCAUCUUGAAGAUAAACAUGGACAUUAUAUGGAGCUCAAGAGACAGUGCGAUGAUGUCGAAAACAAACUUGAGAUGUAUAAACCAAUUGAGAGUUUAGUGGACAACAUGGUAACCAUGGGAAGUUUAUAUGGUGGAAAUAACUACAUGUUAGCUACACAGUACCGCAAGCACAUUCUCCAUCCUGAUGAGUAUAUUCCUCCAAAGAAUAUGAUUGAGUUCUCUCGUAAACAUCAAGAAGAGCAAAUUUUCCAACAGAUAGAGAAAGAUGUUCAAGAGUUGACCCAAGAUGAAGCAGAUUUGGAGGAAAAAAUGGAGCGGUUGUACAUACUUGACAAAUUAAUCCAGGAGAUGAGCUUAGCAGUGACGGGUCUCAAGGAAGAUAAGGAAUCACUCGAGACAACUCUUAGAGGUGUUUUAAUUGAGCAGCAGAACCAACACACCAUUGAUCCCCGGCAACUUGAACAUUUCCGCCACAAGGAAUAUAGCAUUAAGAGGGAACUCUCUCGAGCAAUGCAACAACUAGCAGAAGCAUCAAAGAGACUUGAAGAACUCACUGCAGAGAGCAGUAAACUGGAGCAUGAAAUAGCUUUGUUGCGCUCAAAAGUACAUGGUGACCUGAAUCGAAGUCGAAGUGCACCGAAUUUGCCUGGAGAUCCUACCAACACUCGAUACCAAAUGGAAAAAGAUUUACAUCGUGUACAGGAUGUAAUGCUUAAUUUGAACAAAGAAGCUGCCCGUUUAUCAGAAGCUUUAAAUACUCUAAAAUCUCCAGGAUCUGUGGAAGAAGAACUAAGUAGGACACCAAACCAAUCGACGACUUAUUAUGAAACGGAUCUUGACACAAAAAUUACUGUUGAUUUGGCUGAACAGUUCAACUUUGCAGAUCAAGGAAAUGGCACAUUUCAAGAAGAUAGACCUGGUUUUGUUGAAUAUAUUCAAUCCCAAUCAGCUCCUUUAUCAGAAGGAAACAACGGCUAUAUUGAUAGUAACUCAGUACCCGAUCCUAUCUAUGCCUUCAAUGAAGAACCUUUACAAGCUGAAACACAAAUGAGACAAGUUUAUUCAAAGCCACCAUUUGAAGGGAGUGACCCAGGAUUAUUGACUGCUGAUGAAGCAGAUGCAGCUGAAGCAGAAAACUGGAAUAUUGAAGAAGCAGAUGAUAAUACCAAAAGAUUCUUUGGUUUAUUACCAAAGGAACGACCUCGGGUACAAACUGUUCGAGAUGUGAAACGACAAGCAGAGCAAAGACGUGAACGUGUCGGAGGAGGAAGUGAUAAAAUGAGAGGAUACCCUGGUGACGAUGGUGAAUGGGAAAAUGAAAUUAAUGAACUUUGGAAGCAAAACCUCCCACCUGAAUACUUUGAUCUCCAAAGUUCCAAUGAAAUGCCUUUAAAUUCACAUGUUGCAUCUAAUUCCAGUGAGCAACAACCAACAUAUCCCCCAACAUCUCAGCCAUUAAUGUUAUCUCUUCUUGGAGACCAGUCAUUAUCACCACCAUCUUUGCCGCCAGAAAAUUCCGUUUCCAAUAACAAUCUUUCAAAUGAUGAUCUAUCAUCUCUCCCACCUCCAUUACCAUCAAAUUACUUUGACACACCUUUAGUAGAAACCACUACUACUGUCUCCCAUACUGUUCCUACCAGUUCUUCUGUUAAUUCCUCUGAGCCUGAGAAUCUGCAGAGGCGUUCAUCUCUACCUUCCUUACCUCAGCGUUUGCUUGGGCCCAAGCCAUUUGUGCCUUAUGAGGGCCCAUCGACUUCUUCAAACAAGGAAGUCCCUGUAGAAACGUUGUUGCCAAAAAAUGACAACAAAUCAUUCGCUAGUAUCAGUAGGUCUUUGGUAUCUCAGUCUACGUCAUCCAGUACUAUGCAGGCUACUGAUUUUAAUACACCAACCCCUUGGGGUAAAGCUUCACCUGACUCCAAACUUAAAAGGUCACCCCGUGGACGAGCUCGUUAUCUUACAAUUUCAAGUAGUGAACCAAUUAAACUGGAGCAUGCUCUUGAACAAAAGUCUUCCCUUAAUACUGCUGCUGGAGACCUUAUUAUUGGUUCCUCUCUGAUGAACAACAUGCCUGAUAUUAUACAGAGUUCAACUCUUGAUAAUUUUGAUGAACUGACUAUUGACAGAGAAUUAAUGAUGCCUGAAAAAGUGUUGAUACCUGAACGGUACAUGCCAGAUUCUGAUGAUGAAGAUUUAAGUGAAGAAGAGAAAGAAAAACGAAGAGAAAAAUCAGAAAGAAUUAGGAAAGUUCUCGCAGAACAGAGUGUUCAUUCAUGGGCUAAAACUGCUCCAGAAGAAAUGAAAGAUGGUCUCCAUGAAUAUGUUGCUAAAGAAAGACAAAACAGAGAGAAGCUAUUAACCAUAGCACAAGAGCUCGCCAUGGAAGUCACCCGUAAAAGUAAGGCAGCAGCAGUUGAACGCCGGAAGACGUGGGCUGGUACUCCAUCGUUUGACUAUCUCUCCACUUUUAAUGAAAGUCCAGCCAUAUAUAAUAAUGAUAUCCUCCUUGGAUAAGUGAGUCUUACCCAUAAGAACCUCUCUUAUUUAUGACAACAUAACCUCUCUCUUCCAUAAAUAUCCCAACUCCGAAAACUACUUAUUACAUGGAUUAAUAACUCUGAAUGCCCCUUCUCAUUUUGUACGGCCCUAGAUUUCCAUCCAUACAUUGAACCACCUAUUUUUACACACGCUCUGUGUGUUACAAAAGCACUCGUGUAGGGACAGAGGUAUUCUGUUGUUUAUUACAAGUUGUAAUGAAAACAAUUUUACAUUGAGCUGAAGAAUUACACAAUAUUUCUUCUUCGUUGAGUACAUGUUUAUUAAACUUUUACCAGAAGACGGGUGACUGUGACUUUGGUCUGUAAACAUGAACUCUACACAGAAGUUAUUGAGGAAUUCUUUCAAAGAAUUUCAUCUGUUGAUGCCACAAAUUUUUAAAGUUUCAUUUUCUGAAGAGCUACAGAGAAUAUAGAUUCCACGUUGAAUGAGAUUAAAAAUUUUUAACUUUUGUUUCCUCAUGCUGACUGCAAUUCUAUUGUUUAUUGAGGGCAUCAUUAAAGUCUUUUUUCGUGCUUACAACCUUCAAGUGGUAGAGUUGCAGGUUUGAUGUAUUUGCUGUGUUUGAUGAUCCACUCUGAGAAUCUAGCACAGAAGUUCUCAACCGUCUUUAACCUGUGGACCCCCUUUGAUUCUUAUUUGGCUCAGUUAAAUCCUCAUAUCAAUUCAAUGUUUU